AUGUAUCGGAAGUUGUCUAAGUUAGAACACUCAGAAAUAAAACAACUUCUAACAGAAGCUAACAUAGAAAUAGCAAAACAUUACGCAACAAACAAAAAAGCACUCGCUGACUUCAUUAAAGACUACAAUGGUGAAAUAACUUACGAUAAAAUUCAUGAGUUCAUAAAGCCACAACGCGGCGAGGACGAAGUCCAUGCAAGAACUUUUCCUUUAAAUGACGUUGCUAUUGACUUAUAUCAUAGACGUUCAGUACCACAUAAAGUAAGAAGAGAAAUGUUUGACAUAACAAAUGCAAACGUUGGUCAUACUCGUAAAGCUCUUUCUCAUGACGUUCGUCAAGAAAUGUUUGAACUUACGAACUCAAACGUUGGCGAAACAAGAAGAGCUGUACCACAUGAAGUAAGGCGUGAAAUGUUUGACAUAACAAAUGCGAACGUUGGUGAAACAAGAAAGAGAGACGACACACUGAAACAACAGAGAAGAGAGAUGUUUAAAAGUGCUAUAGAACAAGUUCGCAAAGCUAAUGAUGUCAUUCGUUCCAUUGACGACAAACCAAAAGAAGGUGAGAGAUGGUUAAAAAAGAUGAAGAAAAUAGGAAGAGGAAUGUGA